UUAUUUUUGCUUAAUACAAUAAUCUGUUAUUUCAUUUUCCUUCCGCCUCCUCCGUCUUCUUCUUUAUCUCUCCCUAACGAACCUUCUCUUCACUUUCUUACUGCAAAUUCUUCCAUUUUCCCCCAACAAAAUUUCAUCUCUCGUGUAUGAGGAACGGCGAUUUUUCUAUGAAAACAAUUGGCUAUUCUUUCGUUUCGAACGAUCACAGCGAUGAGGCGACGUCCGGAUGCGGAUGCUGAUGCCGAUCUGAGCCCCGUGAAUAACACCUUCCAAACCAUAACGGCUGCCGCCGAUGCGAUCGCCACCGUCGAUCAUCGUUUCCCUCGGGCUACUGCCGUCCAGAAAAGGAGAUGGGGCAGCUGCUGGAGUAUUUAUUGGUGCUUUGGAUCUCUCAAACAGAGGAAGAGAAUUGGACACGCUGUACUGGUCCCAGAACCAAGUCCUUCAACUGAACCUCCUGAAAAUACAUUACAAUCACCAGACAUUGUGCUUCCCUUUGCUGCACCUCCCUCUUCCCCUGUAUCCUUCCUUCAAUCAGAGCCGCCUUCUGCUACACAAUCACCAACAGCCAUACUCUCUUUCACUUCUCUCACUGCUAACAUGUAUUCCCCUGAUGGGCCUUCCUCUAUUUUUGCCGUUGGCCCAUUUGCUCAUGAAACACAGUUAGUGUCUCCACCUCUGAAUUUCUCCACUGUCACUACUCAGCCAUCAACUGCUCCCUUCACUCCUCCUGAGUCUAUCCACUUGACUACACCUUCUUCCCCUGAAGUUCCAUUUGCUCAGUAUCUGCAACCUAGCCAUCAGAAAGUUGAGUCUGAUCACCAAUAUGAUCAGUUUCCUAAUGAUGACUUUCAAUCUUAUCAAUUCUAUCCCGGAAGCCCAGUUAGUCACCUCAUAUCACCACGCUCGGUCAUUUCCCGUUCCGGGGCAUCGUCGCCUUUGCCUGAUUGUGAUUUUACUCCCUCUGGUUCUUCAUUUUCUAACUUCCCAAUAGAAGUUCCUCCUACGCUGUUGAACCUUGACCAACAUUCUAUUCAGGACUGGCGACUACAGCAAAGUUCUGAUUCUUGCACUCAGAAUUCUGUAGGGUACAAAUCUAGUAACGAUUUUGUUUUGAAUCCUCAAACUUCAGAAUCUGUGUCAGACUACCACGCGUCAAAUGAAUAUCAUAAUAUUCAGAUCCUCACUGAUGGAAGCCAAAGGGAUGAAGCUGCUGCUGCUAAUCAUAGAUUCUCAUUUGAGUUGUCUGAUGAAGAUGCUUUAUUAAAAAGCGUAGAAAAUAAACCACUGGAAUCAAAUGAACUUGCAGUUGCAUCAUCUCCAAUACACGAACCACUUGAAACGGCAAAAGAAACUUCUCAUGUUGGCGGUCAUACCUCAAAUGAUACAGAAGAACAGGAAAAAGCAGAUGGUGAAGAAGUACAUGGGCAUCAAGAAGUAGAACAUCAUUCCGUUACUCUUGGGACUGUGAAAGAAUUCAAUUUUGAUAAUGGCAAUGGAUGUGAUACACUUAAGCCUAAUAUCAACUCAGCGUGGUGGGCUAAUGGGAAGGAUGCAGAGACAGAAGGUACGACCACCGGGGCCUGGUCGUUCUUUCCAAUUACGCAGCAGCCAAGAUGACCAAACUGGUGCUUAUCCUCUGGUAACUCACGACACCCAUCAUCUUGCUUUGCAGUUACAACUUGGUAGGUGAGACAAACUGCUAGAGAAAUGGUGAGUUUUGAAGAUAGAAAAGAGGUCAAAUCAUGAAAGAGCCACAUUCAAACCAUUUUCUUUUUAACAAUAUGACACGAAACAGAGGCAGCUAUUCUUAGAAACAUAAAUAGAAAGUUGUAGAUUGACAAUAGGGCCGUGUUAAUAAACAGCACUUGAAUUGUAAUAGAUGUUAGUAUUCUGAUAGAAAUUGAAAGUUUGUAUAUAUGGUAAUAUAAAGUGUUUUUAUCUUUUCAGAAUA